AUGGCCUGGACACUGUUGCUCAUCUGUCUCGUGGGCCAUCCGGGAUCCUGUGUUCUUUGGGCAUCCCAGCUCCCAACAGUUUAUACCCAGGAAGGCCCUUCUGUCCUUCUGCCCUGCUUCUUCAGUGUCAGCCAAGGGACAAUGGCCACUGGCUCCUUCAUGUACAAGGUAGCCCCGGAGAAAGAGGUAAGCAACAAGACCCCUCAAUUCAGGGGCCGUGUGCUCCCCUUUGCCUCUUUCCAAUUUGUCUGGGACCAGGCUGAUCUGCACAUCCAGGCCACCCGAGGACAUGAUGCCGACAUCUACGUGUGCAGGGUGGAGGUGCCAGGCCUGGGAGUUGGCACGGGGAAUGGGAGUCAGAUGCUGGUGGAGAAAGCAUCCUCUAUUACCAAGGCAAAUGUGAACAGCAGAGCCAAGGCGGUUGUGGAAGAGAUGGGAGGGACAGACACCAAGAAGGCAGCUUCAGGGCCGUGGCUCUGA